GGGCCGCAGGAGCUGUAGGUGCAGUCGCUCAGUCGCGACAGGUGCGCGAGGCAGAGCGCCCGGGACCAAGGCAGGACGUGCGCAAAGAAAAGACUUCCUUGAGCCAGCUCAACCCUGUUUAAGACUCUUAGACCUUUUUGAGCUGUAGAAAAUAGAAGCAGCUCUUGCAGCUGAUGUGUAGUCCCCCAGUUACCGUCAUAUACCUGUGCUGGCACCCUUCACUCACAAAUGUAAACGUCCAUAUAAGGUGUUUCAAUAUCUGUAAGACAAAAUGGAAUCAACUCCUUUUAAUAGACGACAGUGGACUUCCCUAUCAUUAAGGGUAACAGCCAAAGAACUUUCUCUCAUCAACAAGAACAAGUCAUCAGCUAUUAUGGAAAUAUUCUCCAAGUACCAGAAAGCAGCUGAAGAGGCUAACAUGGAAAAGAAGAGAAGUAACACUGAAAAUCUCCCCCAGCACUUUAGACGGGGAACCCUGACUGUGUUGAAGAAGAAGUGGGAGAACCCAGCGCCUGGAGCAGAGUUGCACACAGACCCAGUUGGAAACAGCAGCUCUGAGAUUAGGCACAGAGUCGACCACCCUCCUGGCGAAGUGACAAGCAACUCCACUUCUGGAGCCGGAGCUGAUCACGAGGGACAGACCCAGCCCAGACCUAGAUUUGGAUCCCAUCCUGAUCGACGUAUUCGUCGGUAUCACCCUGAGGAUAGUGAAGAUCUUAAAGACCACACACCCGAAAGUGAAAACAUGGAAAAUUGUCUGGGAGAUUCCAGACAUGAAGUUGAGAAAUCUGAAAUCAGUGAAAACACAGAAGCUUCAAGCAAAAUAGAGAAAUACAAUGUCCCACUGAACAGGCUUAAGAUGAUGUUUGAGAAAGGCGAACCAACUCAAGCCAAGAUUCUUGGAGCCCAAAGCCGGAAUGCAGGUGGACGAAGGAUCUCUGAAAACAGUUAUUCUCUGGACGACUUGGAAAUAGGCUCAGGUCACUUGCCAUCCUCUGCAUUCAACUUGGAGAAAAAUGAGAGUAGACGAAAUCUGGAACUCCCACGCCUCUCAGAAACCUCCAUAAAGGAUCGAAUGGCCAAAUACCAGGCAGCUGUGUCCAGACAAAGUACUUCAACCAGCUAUACAAAUGAGUUGAAAGUCAGUGGUGGUGAAAUCAGAACUCAUAAAUUGGAACAAAAGGAGAACGUGCCCCCGGGUCCUGAGGUCUGUGGCUCCCAUCAGGAGUCAGAAAAGAUUUCUGCAACUGAGAAUAGACUGGCGGUCUGUUCCACCCAUGCUGAAGAUGACUCCUCAGGUAACUCUCAGGUUAACAGCGAGGUGCAGCAACCUGUGUCCCCCAAGCCGCUGAGUCCAGAUGCCAGAGCCUCCACCCUUUCUGAAAGCUCUCCUACCAAAGCAGUGAAGAAGUUUCAAGCACCUGCAAGAGAGACCUGUGUUGAAUGUCAGAAGACAGUCUACCCCAUGGAGCGUCUCCUGGCCAACCAACAAGUGUUUCACAUCAGCUGCUUCCGUUGCUCCUAUUGCAACAACAAACUUAGUCUAGGAACAUAUGCAUCUUUACAUGGGAGAAUCUAUUGUAAGCCUCACUUCAAUCAACUCUUUAAAUCUAAAGGCAACUAUGAUGAAGGCUUUGGGCACAGACCACACAAGGAUCUGUGGGCAAGCAAAAAUGAAAAUGAGGAGACCUUGGAGAAACCAGCCCAAAUUCCAAAUGCAGGGGAGACGCCCCAGAGCCCAGGGGUGGAAGAUGCACCCAUUGCCAAGGUGGGUGUGCUGGCUGCAAAUAUGGAAGCCAAGGCCUCCUCUCAGCCAGAAAAGGAAGACAAGCCAGCUGAAACCAAGAAGCUAAAGAUCGCCUGGCCUCCCCCAACUGAAUUUAGCAGUUCAGGAAGUACCUUGGAGGAAGGAAUCAAAGUAUCUAAACCCAAAUGGCCUCCUGAGGAUGAAGUCAGCAAGCCAGAAGCUCCUGAGGAUGUAGAUCUGGAUCUGAAAAAGCUGAGACGAUCUUCUUCACUGAAGGAAAGAAGCCGCCCGUUCACUGUUGCAGCUUCUUUUCGAACCUCUUCUGUCAAGAGCCCAAAAAAUUUGUCCCCACCUAUCAGGAAAGGUUGGAGCAUGUCAGACCAGAAUGAGGAGUUUGCAGAAGGGAUAGUAGCAGAAAGGAAACAAGUGGAAAAUGCCAAGGUUCCUGCGAAGAAUGGGAGCAUGGAGAAAAUGACCUGGCAAAAUAAGGUGCCUAAAAGAGGAGAGGCAGGGCGAAGAAGUAAGGAAAUUCAUAGCUUUGAGAUGGGGAGUGAGAAUCUCGUAGAAAAUGGUGCAAACCUAGAUGAUGAUUAUAGCAACCUCCUCAAAGAGCAGUCUCCAGUAGAACCCAAGUCUCCAAAUUGGUCCAACUUUGCAGAUAACACCUCCACUAAAGAAUACACUACUCAGAAUCAGAAGUCCCAGGAUAUGGGAUUCUGGGAGGGAGAAGAAGUCAAAGAGCUGUCUGUAGAAGAACAGAUAAAGAGAAAUAGGUACUAUGAUGAGGAUGAGGAUGAAGAAUGACAAACUGCAAGAGUGCUGGGCCUUAAAUUCAUCUUAGUGUUAGUGAGCCACUGCCCUUUGUCAAAGUGAUGCAAGAAACAGCAAUCCUAACAUGAGCUGUCAUUUUUGUGGCAGCAACUUUGGAAAUGAAUUUGGGCUACCACAAACAAACAAACAAAACCAUAUGCAGUAAACUGGUUCUAAGUGCAAAAGAUAACAUUACUUAAAUUUUCCAUUUUAUCCAUGAUGAUAUACAUAGGUGCUUAUAAGUAGGGAGAUAUUCCAACUGAUAUAAUCCAGAUUCUACUGUAUUCCCAAAAGAUAAUAUUAAAGUGGAUAGAUGAUUAGUAGUACAUUUUUACAUUGUGGAAAUAAGAGAACAUACAGAAGGGAUUUAAGGGUCCAAACAUUAUGACUGAAUGCACUUUAGUAUAAAGGGCACAGUUUGUAUAUUUUUAAAUGAAUACCAAUUUAAUUUUUUAGUAUUCAACUGUUAGAUCAAGUAUUUAGUCUUCUAAGAUUUUUUAGGUUAAUUUUCUUACUAUGGUUAUAUAGGGAAUUUAUCGCUUUGCAUAUUACUCUUUACAUCUUGAGUUACUGAGGUAUAAUAUAGCCACCUUUUCAUAGCCCCUUUUGAGACAAUUGAAGAAACAACCUACAAGCUUUGGUGCUUGGGGAGAUCCACUGUCUCCCAAAUAUGCUAUGGUAUUUGCCAAUGAGUUUGACAACACCCCAAGUGAUUGCUUUCUUUUUUGUGGUAUCUGUGCUUUUCACAAUUUAUUGAAGGUUGCAAUAUUUUUGUAAUACCUUUGGAUCUUUAUUCACCAUGCUCUAUGUUAGAGCAUAGUGAGUUCAAAGGAAGAAUAACGGAAAGAACUGCCUUCACCCACUUAAGCUCAGAUCUCCAAACCUUAUUUCACUUCUGAUAUCCCCUUUUUGAGACACUAAUUUUUAAAUACUUGUCAGCUCUGAAGUGUAUUGAUUUUUAUGGCAGACUGUAUUCCCGGAGGGAAAUCAAACCAGCAAUAGGCCUUUUUAUUGGGAUGGUUUUCUUUAGUAUUAAGGCUGGGAACAUAUGAGCUUGAGUACAUUUGCUGUACAUAAUUGAUAUUCCAAAUUGUAUGUAGGGGAAGAAGAGGUGUGUACUGCAUUUAUAGAGAUUUAGCUUUGAUAUUUUUUAGAGAUGUAAAAUAUUGUUUUCUUACUGUCUUGCUUAGUCUGGGACAUUUUUAUUCAAUAAAGCUUUUAAUUUACAUUUUAA